AUCCCUGUGAGGAGGGGUUACUGGGGGAACAAGAUCGGAAAGCCUCAUACUGUACCGUGCAAGGUCACCGGAAAGUGUGGCUCUGUCACCGUCCGUAUGGUCCCUGCUCCUCGUGGAGCUGGGAUUGUCGCCGCUAGGGUUCCCAAGAAGGUGCUGCAAUUCGCUGGUAUUGAGGAUGUUUUUACCUCUUCGAGGGGUUCGACUAAGACUCUUGGUAACUUUGUGAAGGCAACCUUUGAUUGUCUAUUGAAAACCUACGGUUUCCUCACACCCGAAUUCUGGAGAGAGACUCGCUUCACCAAGUCUCCAUUCCAAGAGCACACUGAUCUGUUGGCCAAACCGACUGUGAAGGCAUUGUUGUUGGAUGAUGCUGAGAGGGUUGCUGCUUAAGCCACAUAGAUUUGGUAUGAUUUCAAAAAGAGGAAUGUUUUUGUUAGGAACUCCAUAGUAUAUGCUUUCAGUUGAAUUCAUUUACUUUCAAGGAUAGUGUGUUAUCUAUUUCCUAUUGGUACUUGACUCUGUUUUUGUUUCUGAAUCCAAUGCCAUAAAGCUUGAUUUUGAAUGCACUAAUGUUUCUUAUUAUAAGAAAGAUGCACCAAUAUUAAGUUGGAUGUUA